AUCACACUCUCCCCUCUCCCUGGCUGCUGAUGGGUAUUCAAAGUCUCGUUCUCGUCGUGUACUCCACAAAUCGCGCCAUCUACUCUUCAUCUCCCCCACCUACUGCUUCCUGCCGCAACUACUGGCGGUUAUCAUGUCACCAGCGCUUCUCGCUGCCGUCGACUCGACCUCUCACGUCCACUUGAUCAUCGGAUCGAACCCUUUGGCCGGCGCACGGUGUGCGCGCUCGCUCGAGGUGGGCGCGAAGCCGAUCCUGAUCGCCCCAGAAGACGCAACACUGCACUACGGCCUCGUGCAGCGAAUCGAUGACGGCGAGGUACAAUGGCUGCAACGCAGUUUCAAAGAGGACGACCUUACUACCCUUGGGCGCCCGGAAGUAGACGGUGCUGUUGAUGCCGUGUUUGUGACGGCGGGAGGGAAACAGAGUCUAAGUACCCGGAUCUCGAGCUUGUGCCGUCGGCUCAGAAUCCCCAUCAACGUUGCUGAUGCGCCCCAUCUCUGCUCUUUCACCCUCCUGUCCACGCACUCCGACGGUCCCUUGCAAGUCGGCGUAACCACGUCCGGAAAAGGCUGCAAACUUGCAGCAAGAAUACGCCGAGAGAUAGCAGCAUCCCUCCCCCCGCAUCUAGGAGAUGCGGUCGAGCGGUUAGGCGCCAUGCGAAGACGGAUAUGGGAAGAGGAUCAUGCCGCCGAGCUAUCCCAAGAUCUGGAAGCCGAGGAAGAGGACAUUGGCCAGCCCGCCACGUUUAAUAAACUCGUAGCCGCAGAAAGCAUGGAGGCGGCAAGGGGUCGACGUGUGCGAUGGCUUUCGCAGAUCUGCGAGUACUGGCCGCUGCGCCGUCUCGCAGCCAUUUCCGAUGCCGAUGUGGACAUCUUGUUACGGGACUACUCCAGCUUCAAUGCUUCGAAAGCCAACCAUACCGCAGUGGGAGGAAGGAACCGGGCCGGGCGAAUCCUUCUAGUAGGCUCCGGUCCAGGCAAUCCCGGGCUGCUGACCCGUGCAGCGCACAAAGCUAUACUAUCCGCCGACCUUAUACUUGCCGACAAGCUUGUGCCGAGUGCAAUACUGGAUUUGGUUCCUCGGCGCGCAACAGUUCACAUUGCCAGGAAGUUCCCCGGCAACGCCGACAAAGCUCAAGAAGAAUUGCUGGAUAUGGGUCUAAACGGCCUCAAGGCGGGGAAGGUGGUGGUCCGCAUAAAACAGGGCGACCCGUACAUCUAUGGGCGUGGCGGGGAGGAGUACGACUUCUUCCGGUCGCACGGCUAUACUCCGAUCGUCCACCCUGGGAUUACCAGCGCUCUGAGUGCGCCCCUCUUUGCUGCCAUACCCGCAACUCAUCGAAGCGUGGCCGACCAAGUACUCAUUUGUACCGGCACUGGUCGGAAAGGAGCUGCUCCUGAGCCGCCGGAGUAUGUGCCAUCUCGCACCGUGAUUUUCUUGAUGGCUCUUCACCGACUGUCGUCCCUUGUCGAAUCCCUACAUUCAAAGGGAUACCCGUCCAGCACUCCGUGCGCCGUUCUCGAGCGCGCAAGCUGCCCUGAUCAAAGGGUCAUUAGGACCACGUUGGAGAAUGUAUGUGCUGCCCUGGAAGAGGAAGGCAGUCGUCCGCCCGGGUUGCUGGUCCUAGGAGACGCGUGCACUGUUCUUAGCCGCUAUAGCCGCUAUAGCCAGAAGUGGGUUGUUGAAGAAGGCUUCAACGGCUUGGACAGUAUCGGUAUAGACGGUGAAUUGGGUAUAGCGAGAGAUCUCAUAGACUAGCUCUUGGUCAUCUAUAGCGCCGUUGAACCCGAAUCAAUGCUUAAAACCUCU